UCCAUAUAAUAACGAAAAGAUUUUGCUAGGCCAGCAGAAAAUUUGCUGGGCCAGCAAAUUAUUUUUCUCCGUGCACACAAAACUCCUUAGUCUUCACCUGUACACUCGCCAUUGAUAUAUUUUUCUCUGAGUGUACGAUAUAUAUACCGAAGGCGGAACACAAUUAGGCGCGCUCGCGUUGUUCCACUUCCCGUCUAUUUUAGAGUCAGCCGAUACAAUUUUGCUCAUCCUUCGCGAGCGCUUCAGAAAAUAAUAAUGAGGACCUAUUAACCUGCUCCCGUUAUCAUGAACGCAUCGACAAAAUCACGAUCGACGGUCAUUCUAAAUAUACACGCAAGUGAAACCGUUGAUUUGAUAAUGAGUCGUCAUUACACUCAAUGGCUGAAUGGCUGAAUGCGAGAACGAUUAUAACACGGCCUCUCGCUACUUGUAUCGAUAAUCUCCCCGCCGUCGAUCGAUGACGUCCGAAGGAUCGAUCGAUCGGCGAAGCCCUCGGGCCUCUCUUUCUCUCGCGCGCGCGCGCGGACUCGCCAGUAACGGUGAUCGCUUCGUGCCGGCUAUUUCGCGUAAUCAACGCCGCUUAACACCUGCGGCCGCCAUCGUCGGCAGAUCGAUCGCGAUCGCGCCUGAUCCGAACGGGACUCAACCUGAGAACGUUGCCGCGCGGCGGUUGUUCGCGAAUAACACCGCGGCUCAUCCGUUCGCGCAGAGUUUGCGUCCGAUGAAUAUUUCGCGGAUUUCCGUCGAGAAUCGAGAAAUCAGCGAUAGGUGCAAUCGGAUCUGACUUCUACGUUAUAUUCUGCCAUCCGCGUAGACAAUAUCUCGGUGGAAGCUGAUCGCGAAUGUGUGAAUCCCGAUCGAUCGUGUUCUCGCGCAAAGCUGCGAGGAGAGAUCACACGAAGGAGAAAUUGGCCAGGCAAAUUGUGUUUAUCAGACUGACACCCUGUGCGCGCGAGCUGAGGAUUCAUUGCGCACCGUUCGACCUUUCCCACUUUAGUCGACUUCGGAAUCGUACACGGAAAACAGAGAUUUCUCUGCCGCAGCUGCUCAUGGUGUUUGCCGAAAAUAUGGCUGGUAAUCCUCGCACGGUUAGAAAGCCGUGGUGCGUCGUUCCCUCGGCAGGGCUCGUGUGAUAUGUACCGGGCGGUCGCGGAAUAUCGCGUCGUCGCGCGUAUGUGCGUGCGUGUGUGUGUGUGUGUGUGAGUGCAUGUACGUGAGUGCGUCGUGCUAGCGCGUGCUCGCUUGAGGAAAGACAGUGUGACACGAGGUCUCCGGAGCCCACGGUGUAGCAGUGACGUACACGGGAGUAACUGGUGAACGUGGGUGAACGCGCGAACGAGGAACAACGACGACGGCGACGACGAGGACGAGAAGAGAGCGAGCUCUAACCCGAUAAUAAAUAACGCGGGAGAAAUGUUCAAACUGGCCGGACGCCACGAGUGGGAGGCUUGUACAAAAGACAUACGGCUACAGCUGAACGAGCAGCUGAGAUGCCUCGACGUGAGGAUGGAGGCGCAAGUCGCCCUCGUGGCCGAGCUCCAGGACUUCUUCCGCAAAAGGGCGGAACUGGAGCUGGACUACAGCAAGUCCCUCGACAAGAUGGCCCGCAGUAUACAGCUGAGGCAUAAGGAGCAGAAACAAAAGCGGGAACAAUGGCCCCUGUUCUCCAGCUACGCCUGUUGGCAGCAGCUCGUCAACGAGACCAAAUCUCUCAGCCGGGAUCAUGCCGCUCUGUCCGAAGUCUACAGCACCCAUCUCGUGGGUCGCCUCAAUCAGGUGAUGGAGGACGUGCAGCGAAUUUACAAGCGUUGUCGCGAGAUUGGUUACGAGACGCACGAGGAGAUACUCCGGGUGCUGCACGAGCUCCACACGACGAUGAAGACCUAUCAGGCUUACCAGGCAGAGUCCAGACAGGCGGAGACGAAGCUCCGCGUUGCCGAGCAGCAGCGCAGCAAGCUGGAGGUCGCGAACGCGCCGCCGGAGAAGCUCGCGCGGAGCAAGAAGUACAAGCUCAUCGAAAAGGAAGUUAACAAGAGGAAGAGCAAGUACCAGGAGGCGAAGCUGAAAGCGCUCAAGGCGAGAAACGAGUACAUCCUGUGCCUGGAGGCGUCGAACACGACGAUACACAAGUACUUCGUCGACGACCUGUCCGAUCUCAUCGACUGCAUGGACUUUGGAUUUCACAACUGCAUAGCAAGGGCACUGCUGAUGCACUGCAGUGCGGAGGAGGGCCGGCAGCGGUCCCUGCAAUCUGGCGCCGAACAAUUAGCCGCGUGCGUCGGUGCGCUCGACUCCAGGGCGGAUAAGCAGAGAUUCCUGGAGUCUCAUCACGCCGCUUUCAUGAUUCCCAAGAAGUUCGAGUUCCAAGGACAACGCGGGGAUGAGACACCCGAGCCCGAAUUGCAAAAGAUGCUGCAUUCGGAGAUGGAGCAACGGCUGGCGCAGCUGCAGCAGAGGGUGACGUCGUUGCGCACCGAGUCGGAGGAAGUGUGGAAGACGCUGGAGACCGCGGAGGCGAGUCUGCUCGAGAUGCUGACCGCCAAGGAUUACGAUUGCUCGCGAUAUUUCGGCGAGAACGCCGUGCCUACGUCCAGGCCGCCGGAGACGCUGCAGAUCAAGCUGCGGGCCGACAGGCAGGAGACCGAAGAAUUCUACCUCAUAAAAUUCAGGGAAUAUCUUCUCGGCACGUCGAGGAUAGCCAGGCUAGACGCGAAACAGGAAUAUAUCCGGCAGAGUCUGCUGGACGGCUCGAACGCCAGUCCGAACCCGUCCAUCUCCGCCACGAAGCAGAAGCAGGCGCGCCGGAAGCGAAUCGGCCGACUGCAGAUGAACGGUCAGCCGAAGCUGUUCGGCGGCUCGCUCGAGGAGUACCUGGAGAGCACUAACCAGGAGAUACCGUUGAUCAUGAAGAGCUGCAUCCGCGUGAUUAAUCUGUACGGCCUGCACCACCAGGGCAUAUUCCGCGUGUCCGGCUCUCAAGUGGAGAUCAACAACUUCCGCGAGUGGUUCGAGAGAGGUGAGGACCCUCUGGCGGACGUGACCGACGCCUCGGACAUCAACAGCGUCGCGGGGGUGUUGAAGUUGUAUCUGAGGGAGCUGCGUGAGCCGCUCUUCCCCAUCAUCUACUUCGAGCACCUCAUGGAACUGGCACAGUUGGAGUCGAAGCAGGACUUCGUCAACAAGAUGAAGGAGAUGAUAGCGAGCCUGCCGAGGCCGGUUGUGAUCGUCAUGCGUUAUCUCUUCGCUUUCCUGAAUCAUCUGUCGGAAUUCUCGGACGAGAACAUGAUGGAUCCAUACAAUUUGGCUAUCUGCUUCGGCCCAACCCUGGUGCCCGUUCCCGAGGAUAAGGAUCAGGUUCAAUACCAGAAUCAAGUGAACGAGCUGAUCAAGAAUAUCAUCACGUUCUGCGAAGAGAUCUUCCCGGAGGACAUCGGCGGCACACAGUACGAGAAGUACAUCAGCAGAGAGCCAGACGAUGUGGACGUGGGAGACUCGCCGACGGACCAAGUUCAAGAAGACAUGGAUUCGGAAGUCUACCCGUCCGAAGACGAAUCGGAGAAUCUCGAGGCCACUGCGCAAUUCGACUUCAACGCGAGAUCCGAGAGAGAGCUGAGCUUCAAGAAGGGCGACACCCUGACGCUAUUCACGCAAGUCAGCAACGACUGGUGGCGAGGCGCUCUAGCUGGCAGGGAGGGACUGAUUCCUGACAAAUAUAUUAUGCUCAAGAUCAAGGAUGAGGAGCGUGAGAAGGAACUCUUGAAAUCGUCCAGCGAGGAGUCCAUGCGUAGGAGAGCGUCCAGCUCGGCGGACAGCGUUCUAUCGAGCAACAAUUCGCCGCUGAUGGGCCCGUCGGCUAAUCCCAGCACCUGGUCGUCCGGCGCCGCGUCCGAUAUGUCGUCCGCCACGACGAACAUAAUAACGGACAAUAGUAACGCCAGCGGUAUUAUCGCGUCUGUGGUGACGAAUGUGCCCUGCAUCUCAUCGGCGCAGCCGAUCAUCAGUCGAGAGGACUCCGCGACACCGUCGAGGCUGGCCAGGGUGUCCACCCCGGAGAACGAGAAGCACUCGUCGUCGGAGCACCAUCGCGCUGACGGCGUUCUCCAGAUCGCGCUGGAGAACAACGUCGAUUGCUGCGACGGCGGCAGCAGCAACAAGACUUCCGUCUACGGAACGGACACGAACGCUCAGCAGCAGCAGCAGCAGCAAUCGCAACGAGGAAACGGCAACGAGGAGGCCGUCAACGAGGAGCAAGGCGAGCGCGUCUUAACGACGUCGUCGUUGGACGGCAGCACGAAACGCGCAAGCACCGGUCGCAAACAGCAUCAUUGGAAGUCGCAGAGCGUCGGCGAGAACGUCGUGCCGCAACAGCAGCAGCUGCAGCUGACCCACGCGAACUCAUUGUCGACAACGACGACGACGACGACAACGACAACGACGUUGGACGACGAUUUGCAACAGCAGCAGCAAGAGACGACGACGACCAACUUCUCGGCGAACCGCGAACUCUGGCAGCGUCGCGCCACCUCGCAGACCCAGCUGAACCCGCUCGUGCCGGCGACACCAAAGUCCUUCCGCACGUCUCAGGAGUUCCGCGAGAUGCGGCAGAAGCAUACGCCCGACUUGGUGAUGGACCUGCCGCUCUCCGCGCAGGACGCCAGCAAGAAGUCCGCCUCGUCCAGCAGCUUGAGUAGCUCGGACGAUGAGACGCCCACGUCGUUGCCGGUGGCACCAGCACGCGCUGAAGCUGCCACCUCGCCCACCGGCGGCCCCGAGUCGCCGGACAUGAGCACCGCCGCGGAGCGCUUCGCCAAGCAGAAUCAGUGCACGCUGAAGAAGAACACGAAGACGAACUCGGACGGCGCAAGCAAACUGAAGCGGCUGGACAUGGCGGAUCAUGAGAUCAGCGCGACCGACGCGGAGAACGACGAGAUCGUUCGAUCGGCCAGCUCGAAUCAAAUAGCUGAUGGAGGAGGCGGCGGCGGAGGGGGUGGCGGAGGAAUCGGAGGUGUCGGCGGUGGCGGCGGGGUGCCGCUCAAGUCACCCCUACCGCCGCGAUCCACCCCCAAGAUAGUCGCCAAGUUCGCCGACAUGCAUCUGACCGGAGGCAGCCAGGUGGUGUCGUCGUUCAAGCCGCAGGUCAAGGUCAAGCCGACGAUCCUGCGCAAACCGGUGCUGCCGUUCCCGCAUCCGCACAUGAGCCCCGAGCUGGCGCGCAAGAUCGAGAAGCAAGCGCAGAGCGCGGAACAGGCCAACUAACUGAUUGCCAUAAAUAAUCGUCGCACAAGAGGAGGUUUUUUUUUUACUGUCGCAGUUGGUCGGAACGUUUGGCCCCGGCAAUCGCCUGGAUAUUGUAUCUCUCUCGUCUCUCGGGGCCGUCGUGAGACUUGGUUCGAGUGGAGUCGGUCCGCGACACGACUCAGAUAAUGUAUCUCUCUCGAGCUACGGACGAGAGCGACGCGAGAAAUCCAGUCUCACGAAAUUGUACGAGCUUUCCGACGAUUUCGUGAAUUUCAAAGCGUUUAAGCAUCACGAGAACAGGACCAACCGGUGUGUCGCUCUCGCGAGGCCGACGCCCUCGAGAACGUUCAGAGUAGUCCUCUCUCGAUUUUGAUUCCCCGAUUUCGUGUAUUCUCGCGUCAUCAUCCGCUUCCGAACGAUGUACUUUGACAAUAACUGUUCCUUUUCGCACGGCGAAAUUCUGUGGAAUUGCGAACGGAGGAGCAGAAUGGAAACGAAAGCAAACACAAAAGCGAAACUAGGCCGUUUGCCGGAGGCCAACGCGAGACCGUGCUUCGAGUUCGAGACUACGCCAUUUCGAGACGGUAGCGUGUAGAUUAGCGAUAAGCGCGACCACCCAUCGACCAGUUACUCCGCCCAGUCGCGAGGACUUCUACUGUAUUAAUUACCGUGCCCGAGAAGAAAGGAAAGCCGCCACGGGAUAGCGCGAUCCGGUGCGCGUGUAUGUGCGCGCCCGCGCGCGUACUAAUCACGCUAAAUCUCAGUGCUAAAUUCGGCACGAGCGAAUCUUUUAGUGGACAGUAGUACGUGUGAGACCACGGUGCUAUCCGCGCGGAGGCGAGUUUAUUUUUUCUACAGAUGUUUUCCAUUUUCGCAUAAUUUUUUUACCAAAUGAUCCGCGAAGCGAUGUUUCUAGUCAUCGAGCGAAGAUAAGAAUAAGAAAAAAUAAUGAAAAAAAGAGCGAGAGAGAGAGAGAUGAGUGUGAUGAUGUGAGAAAGAGAAAGAGAGAAAGAAAAUGAGAGAGUGAGAAAGAGUGGUAGAGCGAAAGUGAGAAAAAGAGAGAAAGAGAAUUAGUAUCGAAAAACAUGAAUUUUGUGGCGAGUAAAAUAUUUAGCCGAUGCGAAUUCGUAACGUUGGACGAUGUAAUUUAUUUUUUAGCGCGUGCCUGCAUGCCUGGAUUUUCCUGCCUGUUGCUCUUGACGAGUAUCGUAGCGAGUCGCGAGACGCGGCAAGCGCGUUUUGAUGGUUCCUUUAUGCGCGAGCGAGUGUUAGUAUGAGUUCUUUUAAAGAGAGAAAAAGAAAGAAGAAGAAGAAAGAAAAAAGAAGAGAAAGAGCAAGCUGUUCCCCAGCCCUCCCGCCCGACCAACAUACCACCCUUGAACGCGAGCUCGUUUCUCGCGUUAGGGAGGAAAUGAGUGAGUGAGAGACGAGGGUCGGGGUUCUGCGAGUCCCGCGACUUUACCGUAAGUUUACUAUAGGGUACGUUACUAUGUAUACCGCGUGCCGUCUUAAUUAUAGGUACUAACUAAUCCAAAACAGCGAUGUUCGAUAUAUCCGAGAUAGAGAGCGAAAGGGGGAAAAAGGAAUAGCUAGGUGGACUACAUGACGACGGCGCGAGUAUUUAUCGAUUGACACGGCGCCGUGAGCCGUUACUCAUUACAAUUCGGGGAUCGAAUUUCAACCAGAAAGAGAGAGAGAGAGAGAGAGAGAGAGAGUAAAGAGGAAGAAGAAUUAGGAGAAGAAAACGAGAAGGAAAGAAGAACAGAAAGCAGAGAAAGAAUGAAGAUGAAGAGAGAGAAGAAGAAACCACCCUCUAUGUAACAGCUCGACGUAUUCACGCAUCGCUUCUCCCUGUAAUCGAUCGAUUGAAAAGAAAAAAAUAAGAAAAAAACGAGAAAAUGAAGAAACUGGUAUACAUACCGACAUAAUAGCCUUAACAUGCAGUAUAAUUGGGUCACUAGUAUUUUCUAACCGCGUAUAUACACAUUUGUGUUUCUGGACACGAAUGUAAAGCUUUUACUCUCUGGUGACAGACAUAUUACUCUGACACGCCGUUCUCGUUUCUUUAAAUAAUCAAUAGAUAAUGAAUCAAUAUUGCGUACGUUUAGAAAAUCCUAAUUACCCAGUUGCAUGACGUGUGCAGGCUGCCGUGCCGGUCUGCGUGCUGGUGAUUUAACGAUAGCGUAUCGUAUACACGUACAUUAAUUAACACACGAAAUGUAUACCGGCGCGAAUGUUACGACGGCAUUAGUGUAUGCGUGCGUUCCUGCGAGCAAUUAUUCGCGAAGAUUUUCACACUCGGCAGGAAAUCAACCGCGGCGAAUCAGCGCGGCGAUGAUUCGACGAGAUGAAACGCGACAAACACCGCGAUGCCCUCUCACUUUAUGUGUGUAUCGACUAAAUGUUAGCACGCGUUCGGCGAUGUUCCUCACGUCGUCCGUAUUACCGCGCGGUCACCGGUGCUCUUAUCUAGGCGCGAUUACGGCGCAAAAGGGUUUUGCAGAAGGGAAAGUUUCAAGUUUCAAUGACACCUCCGGGUGUUAUAUCGGAGUCGGUCUUCCUUCGUCAAUCCGACUGCUGCUUUCUAUAACGUUGGAUUUAAUGUCAGAGUAGAUCUGUUUUGCAAAUUGAAUCUGGAACUGUGAUUUUCCAAGGGAACAGAACUCGCUUGAAUCUCGAGGCACGUUGAUGCGAUUUCUUAUUCGGAUGUAUUUCAGAAUUUACAGUUCUGCGCGCAGAAGCUCUUCUCCACUUCGAAUGGUUUGUAAUCGUGAUCCUGUGAUCGAGGAAAAAUCGACUCCAAAUCGACGUAUAAGUAUGUCGUU